AUGGCAGGACCUGACGAGUUUUUCAAGCGCCUUUCUGGCUUCGAGGGAUGGGUUGUGAAACCUUCCGAUGAAGAUGACAGAUUCUACAAACCAAAAGAGGGUGCGAAAGCCAAUGAUACCGAGGACCUCCGCGGAAAUCCAGCAUACAGCAAUUUCUGGCGAGGCAUAUACGACCAGGCCAAGAAACAAGAAGCCAUGGACGUCUCCAAUCAGCAGCCAGCCGAUGAAGCUUUUGAAAUAGCGCAGUCUUAUCGCAUCUGGCAUUACGAACGACUGGAUAAGAAACGCUCACCAACGGAGAAAGACGAAUUGGCCAAGGAGGAUUCUGAUGAAGCGCGCACUGAAGGACAAACUAUGCAAAGCCAUCUCCGAGGGAUAUCCCGUGCAGUUCGGUAUAAGCUACUACCACAAGGCUCCAGACCACCAACUCAAACAGAUCGAAACCAGGAAGGGCAAGAAAUGGUCGCUCGUUCAAUUGACUUCCAGACACGAAAAACCACCUGCUAA